UUGGCAGUUCCGGUUAUCCUCCGGCUCCACACGUGUGCUGUGAUCAGGGCCAGUGGGAGCAGAGUGUGGGGAAAUGGUCGCUGAGGGUGAUGUCCGUGUGGUCCGUUGUGGAGGGAGCAGGCUGAAUUAUCGGAGGGCAGUGUUUACUGCAGACGGCAAAUACCUCCUGUGUGUUUCCGGUGAUUUCAUCAAAUUAUAUAGCACAUCCACAGAAGAAUGCAUUCAUGUUUUACAAGGUCACAAGAAUCUGGUCACUGGCAUUGAACUUAACCCACAAAACCACUUACAGCUUUAUUCAUGCUCGUUGGAUGGUACUAUUAAAUUAUGGGAUUUCAUGGAUGGGAUCUUAAUAAAGACCUUUUCAGUUGGGUGCAAGCUCCUAGCUUUGUAUAAUGCUAAAAAUGGAAAUUGUGUGUAUGCAAUCACGCCUAAAAAUAACAAUGAAGCCUCAGACACAUUUCAGCUGAUUUCAAUAAAGUUGCCAAAGUCAGUGGAUCAGGAAUGUGAAGUCACACAGCUCACUGUAAUAUUUGACGACGUCAGUGAAUCACCCAAGUGUACAGCCGUGGGAAGAGAUGGUGAAUAUAUUGCGACAGCCAGAGGACUUAACCUGUUUGUGUUCUAUUUGAAAAGCAAAAAACUUUUCAGGAUACCUCUAAGUGCAACCUCCAAAAAAGGCACCAAUAACAACUUCACGGUUGUGACAUGUCACCCAGAAGAAGACUGUAUUGCCACAGGACACGAAGAUGGAAGAAUACGUCUUUGGAGAAAUUUUAACCACAAACAAGAGUACACAUACACUUCAUUACACUGGCAUCAUGAUGCUGUGAUGGAUCUGGCUUUUUCAGCACAAGGAACAAAGCUGCUAAGCGGAGGAAUUGAGUCAGUACUGGUACAGUGGCCUUUUGGAUCAGAGAGCAAUAGAGAAUAUCUGCCCCGUCUGGGAGCAGCAAUUGAGCACAUUUCCACUUCCCCUGAUGGAUCUCUGCUCUGCACAUCACAUGUCGAUAACAAGAUCUCGAUCAUUAAUGCCAGCUUGAGAGUUUCUGCUAUAAUUCAAGGCUUGGUGAAAGGAAAUGACGUCAAGACGGGCCUGACAAUCGACCCAAGAAGCAAAGCCUUGGUUCUCAAUGGCAAACCAGGUCACCUGCAGUUCUAUUCCCUACAGAACGACAAGCAGCUCUACAAUUUGGAUAUUGUGCAGCAUGAAUUCGUCCAACAAGCAGGGCUGCAAUACUUUGAUUUGGUCAAAGCUGUAUUUAGCACUAGAGGUGACUGGUUAGCGACAGUGGAAGAAUUACAAGGUCAAGAUAUAGACGGCCUUGAAAUGCAGCUCAAGCUGUGGGAGUUUGAAGACAAGUCCCAAAGCUUUGUUUUGAACACCACAAUAAACAUGCCACAUGAAGAUCAGGUCACCUGCUUGUGCUUCCAAGAUUCAGAGAUAGAUUCCCCAAUCUUGGUAACAACAGGGAAAGAUGGUCUUUUCAAAGUCUGGAUGCUACGAGACGACUCUGACAUAUACAAGGAGAGCAGUGGCUGGAUCUGUGAUUUUGUUGGCAGCUACCACGGAAACAAGGCCACAAACUGCUGUUUCUCUUCAGAUGGCUCACUGCUGGCUGUCAGCUUUGAAGAUAUUGUCACUGUCUGGGAAACAAACACGUGGGACCUAAAAGAGACCUUUUGCCAACCCCCUGGAAAAAUAAGAAACCUCUGCUUUGGAAGAAUGAAGUCCGCUAAAUACCUUCUUGCUUCUACGGAUGAUGGAUUUAUAAACUGCUGGAACUUGCUCACAUGUGCAUUAGAGUGGAGGGCCCAACUCAAUGUAUCCAUUCUUCUGUCUGACUCUUCUUCAGAAUACAUCGCAGCCUUCUCCUGUGGUUCGGAAAGCACCAACUUGUUUGUUUUCAAACCCGAUAAGCCCAAUCCAGUUUAUAUCCAGAAGGAUGUCUGUCGCGAGAAAGUGCAGUGGGCAGUUUUUGUACCAAGAGACGUGCCAGAAUCUAUUCAUUCAGAAAGCCAUCACUGGCUAAUCCGAUCACAACUGUACUUUCUUACAGAAAACCAGGAGCUGAUGACUUUUAGCACAGAAUCACCAGAAGAGAAACUCACACCUUUAAGCAAGCAGUUGGCAGUUGAAGAAAGCAUGCCUGUUACACCUUUUCACAUACUGCUGGGCAAGAGGCGGCAACAGGAGCAGGAUUUGGAAACAGAAAAAAUCUCUGCAGGUAGCCACAAAGCUCAAGGAGUAGUUGCAAUCAGAGAGCUUCUUCAUACACCUGCACAUGUUUUACCUGCUGCAUCAGUCUUGUGCACAAUGUUUGUGAAUUCAUUGUUAAUCUCAAAACAGGCUAAAAGUGCUGGAGAGGGGAGCAAAGACGUAGACAUGGAAAGUGAGAAAUCAGAGGACGAGUCUGAAGAAGAAGUAGAAGAAAUUAGAGAAGAGCAUGAACUAUUCCCUGAUGCGUUUUCAGAAGAAAUUCCACAAAAAUUACUCAAGUCGCAAGAAAAAGAACUGCGAAGGAUACGAAAGACUGAUUACAGCUGGAUAUCUGCUUUGUAGGACUGUGGCAUUUCCAUUUGCACCCUUUAAUUUUAUGCUGAUCUUAACUUGUUCUUCUGUGACUGAAAUUAUAUAUAUUUUACAAAAAUCAA